GCAGGCAGCUGGCGUGGUUUAGUUCAGACUCAGAGCUGUACCUGCCACUGGAGGUUCCUCUGAGGAGACUGCAGCUGUCAGCAUGGCUCAAGCAUUUGUGAAUGGCAAAAUCCAGCCGGGGAAGGUGGUUGUGUUCAUCAAACCCACCUGCCCCUACUGCAGAAAGACCCAAGAGAUCCUCAGUCAACUGCCCUUCAAAGAAGGGCUUCUAGAAUUCGUGGAUAUUACUGCCACCAGCAACACAAAUGAGAUUCAAGAUUAUUUGCAACAGCUGACAGGCGCCAGAACGGUACCCCGCGUGUUCAUCGGUAAAGACUGCAUAGGCGGCUGCAGUGAUUUGGUGGCAUUGCAGCAAAAUGGGGAGCUGAUGGUCCGACUGAAGCAGAUCGGCGCUCUACAGUGACUCCAGCAGAACAGACCCUGCGCUGCUGUGCCCCCUGGAGAUCUCGAUGACAUCGAAAAGGAUGACCGUACUUCCUGGUGAUGGGAUUUUGAACAAAACCAGCUUUUUUUCUUCUUUUUUGGCCUCAGAAUUAAAAAGACCAAUUUGCCCCUCAUCAUGGGGCCAAGAUGGUU